CCUCCCUGCAACGCUCUGCCUCUAUGUCACUACAAGAAGAAGGCUGAGCACUUGGACUUUCCUCUCCCUCUAUGGAGAAGUCACAGUGACAGCUCUGACAAGGACUCCUGUCCCUCUAGGACUAUUCCAGAUAGACCUUCCUUCUACACAUCCCUCUAAGGACUACAGUGGUCAGGAUUCCCAUUACAGGACCCCCUCAAAUUCUUACCUGUUCACCGACUUACCUAUCCCGUCAUAGGGAGACCGUCCCGUCACGCUGUACACAAAGCAUGGCAGAUCAUCAUAUAAUGAUGCAGAAUUCACUUUUAGGGGGACAUGAACCCUCCAUAGAAAUAUUUGAACAACCCCGGCAAAGAGGGAUGAGAUUUCGAUAUAAAUGUGAAGGACGAUCAGCUGGUAGCAUCCUCGGUGAACGCAGCACAGAAAACAACCGCUCCUACCCAUCUAUCCAGUUGCAGAAUUUAGGAUAUGGUGUAAAAGGAAAAGUAAGAGUCACUUUGGUAACAAAAAACGAGCCGUACAGACCACAUCCACAUGAUCUGGUGGGCAAGGACUGCAGAGAUGGCUAUUAUGAAAUAGAGUUUGGAGCUGACCGGAGAGUGCUAUGCUUUCAGAAUUUGGGCAUUCAGUGUGUGCGGAGAAGAGAAGUGAGAGAGGCCAUCCAUACCCGAAGAAAUCGUAAUAUAAACCCCUUUGGAGUACGAGAAGAACAGCUGCUUACAAUUGAAGACUAUGACCUCAAUGUUGUACGACUGUGCUUCCAAGUCUUUCUUGCUGAUGAACAAGGGAAAUAUACCAGAGCUCUGACACCUAUUGUCUCCAACCCAAUUUAUGAUAACCGAGCUCCCAAUACUGCCGAGCUACGGAUCUGCCGUGUGAAUAAAAAUUGUGGGACUGCAGCCGGAGGUGAUGAGAUAUUCCUGCUAUGUGACAAAGUUCAGAAAGAUGACAUAGAGGUCCGUUUUUUUACUGACAACUGGGAAAACAAAGGAAUCUUUGGACAAGCUGAUGUGCACCGUCAAGUAGCCAUUGUUUUCAGGACUCCUCCAUUCCCCUUUCCUAUCACUGAGGUUACAACAGUAAAAAUGCAGUUGAAAAGACCAUCUGACCAAGAAGUCAGUGAACCCAUGGAUUUCAGAUACAUACCUUGUGAAAAAGACCAAUAUGCAAAGAAGUUUAAAAAAAGUGAAGAGAUGUUACGUAUAUUCUGGGAUUCUCAAAAACCUCAACAAAUGGACAAAGCAGAAAGCUUGUUGGCAACCAUGUCAAGAUCCAGUGACAGACAGCGAACUAUUAAAACAGAACCUUUCUUUCUUUCUAAUGUUCAAAGUUGUGUACAACCUUCAGUAGAGUCCAUGACACAGAAAAGUGGCUCUCUUUUUCCUUUCGCCAUGCCUCCAUCAACAGAAACCAGAACCCAGUCUAUACAAAUAGGCACGUCCGCUAAUUAUCCUAACUUUUGGUCAGUGACGGAAGGCCAACCAUCAAUCUCAAACAAUUUUCAGGAUUUCUCCUACAACACCAUGCCAACAACCACAUUUCUCCAAGCACAGAAGGGAGGCCAUGUAGGAAAACUUCAGCAAGUUGCCACCAGCCAUGUGGAGUAUAAUACCCUGCUGCAAACAAACAGUUCCCUAAAUCAACAAAGGUUUAAUACUCCGGAGAAGCUAUAUACAGAUUCCAUGUGUAUUCAGGAUGUCUCCCAACCACCCAGUUAUCCUUCUGCAUCUUUUGGAAGUACCUCGUAUGCUUUUUCCUACAAAGAUAUAAUUAGAAGAGACGGCGGUCACUUGGCACCAAGUAGAACCAAUGAAUCGUCAUUGCCAGGGAUGACUGUGACCAGUUUACCUCAAACAAAUUAUUUUGAUUCAACAAGUCAGAGCACGUCACAUGACAGUAUGGUGAAUCAGCAAGGUUCUGAUCUUAUGGAAACCAUGUGUGUAAGCGUUGAUUCUGAACUUGAAAGCUUUUUUGAGAAUCUACAACAAAGCAUGUCGAAUCCAUAGUACCAUUAAAAUGAACAGUCAUCCAUCAAUAAUGCACUUGUUCGAUGCAAAGUUGAACUGCCAUUGUUCAGGAAACUGUGGAUUCAGAGAAGAAUUUGCUAGAUUGGCUAUUUCUCCCAUACGGGCUUCCUAGUUUGUCCAUCCACAAUUUUUCUUAGAUCGGGAUUGUUUUGAUUUUUUUACAAUUUAAGGGGUGCCAAUUUUUUUUUUUUUUUUUACUGAUUAUUUGGCAGAGAUAAUCUGUCUAUGUCAUAUGUCUUCCUCCAUAUCCCGUAUCUUUACUGUGUAGCAGUUCUGGUCUCUGUAUUCAAAGGAUGUAAAUACGGACAAAAUUAUAAUAUGCACAAGAUUAGCCAUGUAAAAAUAUAAACGUUUCCUACACUAGGUUCCUUUUCUGAAUUAAAACAUGGAUUUCACUGCAGGAAAGACUAUGCAGGGCAGUACAAAUGAUGUGUGCUGUGGUCACAUUGUGAAGAAAAUCCUGUUUCUCCAGUAAGCAAUAAUGUCAUGUGAGUAAAUGCGGAUCAGCAAGCCUGAGGCCCCGUACACACGCCCGAGGAACUCGACGGGCAAAACACAUCGUUUUGCUCGUC